AUGGCCUGCAUCGCCGACGCCGAGCUGCAGCCUCACAACUUUAAACUGACUCUGCUCCCUGAACAAGAAACCCAAACAGAGGAGGAUGAACCUGCUUCAACCACCAACGAGCCUGAUGUGAUCCCUGAUGUUACUCUGAGGGUGGACGGAGAGAGUUUCUAUGUGAACCGAGGACGUCUGGCCCUCCAGAGCCCCUACUUCAGGGCUCUGUUCUUCGGCUGUGGCGUGGAGAGCAGCAGGAGGCGGGUUGAGAUCAAAGGUGUGAACGUGCAGCAUUUCAGGGUUUUGAUGGAACACAGCAGAACGUGCAGCCUCGACCUGGACAGAAAAAACGUUCUGGGGAUCCUUCAGACGGCAGAUUAUUUGCAGCUGGAGCGAGCCAGGCUGCUCUGCUGUAAGUUCCUGGAGCGUGAGCUGCACCUGAGUAACUGUCUGGGAAUGAUGGCCUUCGCCUGGCAGCUGGGAUGCUCUCAGCUCUACGCUGCAGCCAGACAGGUGGUGCUCACUCACUUCUCUGCUAUCUACACCGAGGAGGACUUCCUGUCACUGUCCAAGGAGGCGCUGGCAGAUCUGCUGGCCAGCGACGACCUGACCAUCCAUAAGGACGACCUGGCCCUUGAGGCCGUCCUGCGCUGGGUGGCCUUCGACCCUAAACGGGAGGAAGACUUCCUGGAGCUCAUUGAGCUGGUGAGGCCUGAGUCUCUGUCGUUACCGUUUCUCACUGAACUUUUGACCCGAAUGAACAGUUCUGACCCCAGAGCCAAACUCAUCUGCAAGCUGAACGAACAUUUCCCGGCGUCCUGGUCGAUGGGCCGGUCGCUGAGGAGAACCAGAGCCAGAGAGACUCUGUUUGUUGUGGGAGGACCUCACGAUCAGGAGCAACAGCCGCUCUACCAGUUUCACCCGCUCAGCGGCAGAUGGCAGAACUGUGCACCGCUGCAGAGGAAGAACCUCACCCAGUACUCUGUAGCGGCAGUAGGCGACAGUGUGGUCGUGACGGGCGGAUACUUCCGGGACGUUCUGUGGUUCAGCGUGGACUGGGUCCGGAUAUACGAAUGUGGGAACCAGCGCUGGCUGGACGGGCCGGCCCUGCAGAAGUCCAGACACAGCCACUGCUCGGCGGGCCUGGGCUCGGCGCUGUACGUCCUGGGGGGCAGCAUGGACGAAGGCCUGGUGGCUGACGUGGAGAGGCUGGUGCUGGGCUCAGAGGGGGGCUGGGAGGCCGUGAGCCCCCUGGUCCGGGCCGUGGAGAGGGCCGCCUCUGCUGCUCUGGAGUCCUGCAUCUACGUGGCCUGUGGCCUGGAUGAAAACGGGGAAGUUUAUGCAGGAGUCCAGAGAUAUGUGGCCAAGGAGGACCAGUGGGACGUGGUCUCCUACUCUCCCUUCCCAAGAUAUGACCUGGUUGCCACAGAACUCAACGGCGCCCUCUACCUGUUCGGAGGCCAGGCGCUGCGUUUUGACGUGGAGACCGACGAGUGGACCGAGCUGGAUGAGGACUGUCUGAACAAUAAGUUCUUCUGCGGCUGCACCACCGUGGCCGGUCAGAUUUACCUGCUCAGCGAGAGGAAGAGCAACAAGGCGUCUCCCAACAUGGUGCUGCUGGACUCCUACAUAGACACCUGCAUCCAGGUGGACGAGGCCAUCCCCUGCCCGGUUCCCCUCAGAGGCUGCGUCACCGUGAGGAUGCUCACAUGAUGGUGGGUCAUGUGAUGAUAACAUUUGUGGUUUUAUGCAUUAAAAGUGUUUUGUUGC